GCACACACACACACACACGCACACUCUCACACACACGCACACGCACACACUCGCACACACGCACACACGCAUCCGAAUACACACAGGCACACGCCGCGCACACGCACCUGCCCACGUCCUACCUGGACACCCGCGUCGGUGCCGCGCGGUCGCCGCAGGUAGACCCCUCGCGUUCUUUCUCUGACGCUACCCGACUCGGACUUGUGUUACCCAGGACUUUCAGGGUGCAUUUUGUGGGUUGCUGCCUCUUCCUCCGAGCGGGGUAGGCUAAGGGAGCGGUUUUUCCAGGACGCAGCUCCUAACAUCCCCUGUCUGGGCUUUCCAAGGGGAGAAGUCAGGCGAGAUCUGGGAGGCCCGCCCAGGCGCCUCUCUGCUCCGUGGCUUUUGGACACCCCGAUAUUUUAAUGGGAGACGGAUCGACCCACCGAUAUCCACGCAGAUUUGGAGAGCUCCGUGGCCCAGCGCGCGGAGAAGAGGCCACAUAGGCGACUGGGGGUGCAGUUCUGUAGGGCGGUGCAUGUGGAACAGACACCGCGUUUCCCCAGUAAGAGGCAGCACCACCGCCUUGGUGAAGCGUGGCACUCACUGCUUUCCGGGGAAUGCGCCGGGGUUGCAGGCAGGAAGGGGCUUAAGCAUCACAGAGGGGGGCUCGUCCAGGACCUGGUCACAUCUCCAGCCUCUGGGCAACAGUGAGGUGACUGUGCUUAAGGACACAGGACUUGGGUCUCCCCUGCAGCCCCUAGUCUCCCUGCAGUGUGCCAGGAAAAGCCCCGACUGCUUUCCCUGUGCCUCCGGCUAAUACCUGUCAUACACCUUUCUAGGUGUGAGUCUGAGAAAAAGAAUCAGAAGGGAAUCCAAGAGGGUGCAGUGCAGGGGAGGGAGGAAGCCCCCCUCACUCAUGACUACUCAGACAGUGUCCACCCUAUAGGAGGCCAGGUGGUCCAGUCUGCCAGUGAGCCCCAGAGCCAGGCUGCUCUUGCCAGUGUAGAAUUGCUCUCUGGAAACCUGUACUUGAAGGUUCUCUCCUUUCUUCCCUACCUGGAGUUUCUCAGGCUGCCCAUUUUCAAACUGUUUCUGGAAGAGGUAGGAGGUGGUUGGCUUCCUCCAAGGCUCUUUUACCAUUCCCGUUUGGGGGUCAAAGAGCAACUGUUCCAGGGCUCAGCCAUUGUAGGGACAAGAAUGAGAGAUCCAAAUAAAAUAUUAUUUUGGAGUCGAACAAAAAUGUAGCAGGUCGUGUUUCUCUAGCCGUCCCUGGUUGAGGUCGCUUGCGGGCAAGCUGGCGAGAAAUGGAAUAAGCUGUACUGGCGGCAUAGAGUCAUGUGUUAGCAGUGCCCUACAAACUCGCCAGCGGGAAACAUAUGUUGGGAGGCUUCCAGAACGUUAGGGGUAAGGAGUCGUCCUUCUUUUGAGCAAGGGGAAUUCAGUGCUGGGCACAGGAUUUGGUGGGGUCUGUGAAUCUUGAAGAUGGAUGCUGAAAUAAAGGGCUCUCUCUGCACCCCCAUCUCUGCUAUUUUCAAACUUUUUCUUGCUCCUGCCAAGGUCUCUGGCUAGGCUGGGCAGGAGAGGAGCUGAGGCCCCGGGAGGGAGAUUAUAUUCCUGCUGUGUGCUGUGUGAGCUGCCCUUUGAUUGAUUGAAAAGGAUAGCUGGAAUAAGGCAGGGUUCUCACAAUGGGGAGAACCUAGUAGGGGAAGACACAGUAUUUUCUUUUUAAGAAUGGCGGGUGUGUGCACACCUACACUCGCCCAGAGAGACACUCGCACACUCAGAGCCUGGCAAUGGUCGUGCUGAGCUUGUCCAACCGUGUGUGAUAACGGGACCCACCUCUGUCCUCAGGGCUGUGGGAGAGCUGGGGCAUUUCCACAUGCAUGCCCCCUGAGCGCGUGGAUAGGGAGGCCCCGCGUCCGUACGGCACAUGGUUUGCAACAGAAAUAGUGAACUCUAGCAACUGGGUGGUUCCCAGGUAAACAUUGCCUCAGGGGACCCAAAGGAGCUAAAGCAUGGGGUGCGGAGUCCCCAGCAGAGGUCUUCUCUUUCCCCUUUGCUUUUUCCAGUAUUUGCAGCCUCAGGACGCAUCUUUUAUAUGCAAAGCCAGCCAUCCCCAUGCCGGUUAGAGAUGAAACAUUUUUGAGCCUGGGUUCAAAAAAUCCCCACACUUCCUGCACUUAGCAUUAGGUACCAGUUCGGUUUCUAGGACAAAGCAGGCAUUAAUUAACAUCCGUGUAGAGCUGAGCGUGCACCAUCUCAGUUUUUCCUGCCCUCUUGCCCAGCCCUGGAGCUUGUCAUUUUGUCACUCUACCUCUCUGCCACUCUCAGUGGCGUUCCUUGAAGUUAUCUGGGGUCUGCCUCCCUGGGAGCCCCCCAGCAGAAAUACUUCUCGGCGCACCUUUGCUCCAGGAGGCUGUCCUCCAGCGCCUCUCCUGCGGGAGGCAGGUGUGGGCGGCUCCAGCUGUUUCUUCUUGCCGGGCCCCAUGCUCACUCUCAGGUUGGCCUCUGGCCCCCCAGGACUUCGUCCUGGAAUCCCACCAAUGCUCUGCAAACAAUUCCAGGGGAAUCUGAGGCAGCCCGCUGCUUUCCUUUCUCCUUCCCUGCCCCUGUCCUUUGCCUGCUGCCGCGGCUGGUCUGCAGACAGGGCAAUCUACAUGGCAGAGUCUGCCUAUGCUUGGCCUCCUGAUCUUCUUAAUCACCAUGAGGGCUGCUGGGAAUUAAGUGGGGGCUUUCGAGGGAAGCAGCCGCCUGAAGUGGGGAGAGAGCUAAGGGGGCGGGGUGAUUCACUGCGCUUAGCUCCUAGUUAUUACCAGACUUUGAUGCAAAGAAAUCGCAGCGAAUCACUCUCCUGCUAGCCAGCUAGGGGGCAUUUCUUAGCCUGCUCCUCGCCAGAGAAGGCACUGCACAGACAAUGCCUCACAGAAGACCUGUUGGCGAGGCUCUAGGGCCGGCUGUGGGAGGAAGCGGUAGUGAUUAGUCUGUGCAACAGAUGUGCCAUUUUUUGGGUUCUUUUCUGCUCUUUAUUUGUGUCCACUGCUACCCAACGUGAAACUGAUUUGGACCCUGGGGGCUGGUUGAGCAGAGCUCAUUUCCCUCCCCUGACACCCCUAUUCUCCAACCCCAACCUCCUUUGCUUUUCUUCUCCACCCACCCCCCCUCCUUGCUAAUCCACCUCUCGGCUUUGUGUGCAUAUCCGCCAGCCCGUUCUCCCUCAAAUUUGUGGCACUCUGAGAAAUCAAUAUAACAUGAAUUUAACGACAGCUGGAUGAUUAAGUGUUAUUUAUAUUUAAGAGCGGCAUUUUAAAAAGACGAGGCGCUAAUAAAUCAAAGGGCUGUUGGGAGAUGCACAUGAUUAGGGUAAUUGCCCUACAGGCUCUAUUGAGCAAUGCUCCGGCCAGGCAGAGCCCCGCGGACACGCACCGCCUCUUUAGAAACUGUGAGCCCCGCCGCUCCCUUACGACUCCCACCUGCUCCCCUCCGUCUGGAUUCCUUGCUCUCUGCUCCUCCCCUCCUGGCUGGUCUGGCUGGAAGGCUGGCUUGUGGCAGGAAGUGGAGUCAGCAGGGAGACUGAAGGGGGCUCUGCUGCUAAGUGGUAAGAGAUGGGUCUUAAAAGCCGAGGCUGGCAGGGGAUCCUAAUUCCCAGAGUGGAGACCUUGUUCCAGAAGGAGGGGGCUUGAAAGAAAAGCAUCCGAAGCCUGAAGUUCCGAGGAGCCUCUACUCCCGGGCCCUGGCCCUCCGUGGAGGCCGCUGUGCCCAGAGCUACUGAGCCGCGAGGACCCACCUUUGAGAUGAAAGCCAUGCCUUGGAACUGGACUUGCCUGCUCUCCCAUCUCCUGAUGGUGGGGAUGGGCUCCUCCACUCUGCUGCCCCGGCAGCCACCCCCGCCGCCCCAGAAGCGUUCUUUUGUCACGUUCCGCGGGGAGCCAACGGAGGGUUUCAACCACCUGGUGGUGGAUGAGAGGACAGGGCACAUUUACUUGGGGGCUGUCAACCGGAUCUACAAGCUCUCCAGCGACCUGAAGGUCUUGGUGACCCACCAGACGGGGCCGGACGAGGACAACCCCAAGUGUUACCCGCCCCGCAUCGUCCAGACGUGCAACGAGCCCCUGACCACCACCAACAACGUCAACAAGAUGCUCCUGAUCGACUACAAGGAGAACAGGCUGAUCGCCUGUGGAAGUCUUUACCAAGGCAUCUGCAAGCUCCUGAGGCUGGAGGACCUUUUCAAGCUGGGGGAGCCUUUCCACAAGAAGGAACACUACCUCUCGGGCGUCAACGAGAGCGGCUCUGUUUUUGGAGUGAUCGUGUCCUACAGCAACCUGGAUGACAAGCUCUUCAUCGCCACCGCCGUGGAUGGGAAGCCGGAGUAUUUCCCUACCAUCUCCAGCAGGAAGCUGACGAAGAACUCUGAGGCGGACGGCAUGUUCGCCUACGUCUUCCACGAUGAGUUUGUGGCCUCCAUGAUUAAGAUCCCUUCGGACACCUUCACCGUCAUCCCCGACUUCGAUAUCUACUACGUCUAUGGCUUCAGCAGUGGCAACUUUGUCUACUUUUUGACGCUUCAGCCUGAAAUGGUGUCUCCUCCCGGCUCCACCACCAAGGAACAGGUGUAUACCUCCAAGCUGGUCAGGCUCUGCAAGGAGGACACUGCCUUCAACUCCUACGUGGAGGUGCCCAUCGGCUGUGAGCGCAGUGGGGUGGAGUAUCGCUUGCUGCAGGCUGCCUACCUGUCCAAAGCUGGGGCUGUGCUCGCCCGCACCCUCGGGGUCCGCCCAGAGGACGACCUCCUCUUCACUGUCUUCUCCAAAGGCCAGAAGCGGAAAAUGAAAUCUCUGGAUGAGUCGGCCCUGUGCAUCUUCAUCUUGAAGCAGAUCAAUGACCGCAUUAAGGAGCGGCUGCAGUCCUGCUACAAGGGUGAGGGCACGCUGGACCUGGCCUGGCUCAAGGUGAAGGACAUUCCCUGCAGCAGCGCGCUCCUGACCAUUGACGAUAACUUCUGUGGCCUGGAUAUGAACGCACCCCUGGGUGUGUCCGAGAUGGUGCGUGGUAUUCCCGUCUUCACGGAGGACAGGGACCGCAUGACCUCGGUCAUCGCAUACGUCUACAAGAACCACUCUCUGGCCUUCGUGGGCACCAAAAGUGGCAAGCUGAAGAAGAUCCGGGUGGAUGGCCCCAGGGGCAAUGCUCUCCAGUAUGAGACUGUGCAGGUGGUGGAGCCUGGCCCCAUCCUCCGGGACAUGGCUUUCUCCAAGGACCACGAGCAGCUCUACAUCAUGUCAGAAAGGCAGCUCACCCGAGUCCCUGUGGAGUCCUGUGGGCAAUACCGGAGCUGCAGCGAGUGCCUUGGCUCGGGGGACCCCCACUGUGGCUGGUGUGUGCUUCAUAACACGUGCACCAGGAAGGAGCGUUGCGAGCGGUCCAGGGAGCCCCGCAGGUUCGCCUCGGAGAUGAAGCAGUGCGUCCGGCUGACGGUCCAUCCCAGCAACAUCUCCGUGUCUCAGUACAGUGUGUUGCUGGUCCUGGAGACCUACAAUGUCCCAGAGCUGUCAGCUGGCGUCAACUGCACCUUUGAAGACCUGUCAGAGAUGGAUGGGCUGGUGGUAGGCAAUCAGAUCCAGUGCUACUCCCCAGCAGCCAAGGAGGUGCCCCGGAUAAUCACGGAGAAUGGGGACCACCACGUUGUCCAGCUGCAGCUCAAGUCCAAGGAGACAGGCAUGACCUUUGCCAGCACCAGCUUUGUCUUCUAUAACUGCAGCGUCCACAAUUCGUGCCUGUCUUGUGUGGAGAGUCCAUACCGCUGCCACUGGUGUAAAUACCGGCAUGUCUGCACCCAUGACCCCAAGACCUGCUCCUUCCAGGAAGGCCGGGUGAAGAUGCCUGAGGACUGCCCCCAGCUGCUGCGAGUGGAAAAGAUCCUGGUGCCUGUGGAGGUGAUCAAGCCCAUCACUCUGAAGGCCAAGAACCUGCCACAGCCGCAGUCUGGGCAGCGUGGAUACGAGUGUGUUCUCAGCAUCCAGGGCAGCGAGCAGCGGGUGCCCGCCCUGCGCUUCAACAGCUCCAGCGUGCAGUGCCAGAACACCUCUUAUUCCUAUGAAGGGAUGGAGAUCAACAACCUGCCUGUGGACUUGACAGUGGUCUGGAAUGGGCACUUCAACAUCGACAACCCAGCUCAGAACAAAGUUCACCUCUAUAAGUGUGGAGCCAUGCGCGAGAGCUGCGGGCUGUGCCUCAAGGCAGACCCGGCCUUUGAGUGCGGUUGGUGCCAGGGUCUGGGCCAGUGUACCCUGCGGCAGCACUGCCCGCUGCAGGAGAGCCAGUGGCUGGAGCUGUCGGGCGCCAACAGCAAGUGCACAAACCCCCGCAUCACAGAGAUAAUACCAGUGACAGGGCCCCGGGAAGGGGGCACCAAGGUCACCAUCCGCGGGGAGAACCUGGGCCUGGAAUUCCGGGACAUCGCCUCCCACGUCAAGGUGGCCGGCGUGGAGUGCAGCCCUUUGGUGGACGGCUAUGUGCCUGCGGAACAGAUUGUGUGUGAGAUGGGGGAAGCCAAGCCCAGCCAGCACGCCGGCUUCGUGGAGAUCUGCGUGGCGGUGUGUCGGCCAGAGUUCAUGGCCCGGUCCUCGCAGCUCUACUACUUUAUGACGCUGACCCUCUCCGACCUGAAGCCCAGUCGGGGGCCCAUGUCGGGAGGCACCCAAGUGACCAUCACAGGCACCAACCUGAAUGCGGGCAGCAACGUGGUGGUGAUGUUCGGGAAGCAGCCCUGCCUCUUCCACAGGCGAUCGCCAUCCUACAUUGUCUGCAACACCACGUCCUCAGAUGAGGUGCUGGAGAUGCAGGUGACAGUGCAGGUGGACAGGGCCAGGAUCCACCAUCAGGACCUGUCCUUCCAGUACCUGGAGGACCCCACCAUCGUGCGCAUUGAGCCAGAGUGGAGCAUCGUCAGUGGAAACACACCCAUCGCCGUGUGGGGAACAAACCUGGACCUCAUACAGAACCCUCAGAUCCGUGCCAAGCAUGGAGGGAAGGAGCACAUCAAUCUCUGUGAGGUUCUGAACGAGACCGAGAUGACCUGCCAGGCUCCAGCCCUUGCUCUGGGGCCCGACUCCCAGUCCGACCUGACAGAGAGGCCUGAGGAGUUUGGCUUCAUUCUGGACAAUGUCCAGUCCCUGCUCAUCCUCAACAAGACCAACUUCACCUACUACCCCAACCCGGUGUUUGAGGCCUUUGGUCCCUCAGGAAUCUUGGAGCUGAAGCCCGGCACACCCAUCAUCCUCAAGGGCAAGAAUCUGAUCCCACCCGUGGCUGGGGGCAACGUGAAGCUGAACUACACGGUGCUGGUCGGGGAGAAGCCAUGCACCGUGACUGUAUCAGAUGUGCAGCUGCUUUGCGAGUCCCCCAAUCUCAUCGGCAGGCACAAAGUGAUGGCCCGUGUCGGUGGCAUGGAGUACUCCCCAGGGAUGGUGUACAUCGCCCCGGACAGCCCGCUCAGCCUGCCGGCCAUCGUCAGCAUCGCCGUGGCCGGCGGCCUCCUCAUCAUCUUCAUCGUGGCGGUGCUCAUCGCCUACAAGCGCAAGUCCCGGGAGAGCGACCUCACGCUGAAGCGGCUGCAGAUGCAGAUGGACAACCUGGAGUCCCGCGUGGCCCUGGAGUGCAAGGAAGCCUUUGCCGAGCUGCAGACAGACAUCCAUGAGCUGACCAGUGACCUGGACGGAGCUGGGAUUCCCUUCCUGGACUACAGAACCUACACCAUGCGGGUGCUGUUCCCGGGAAUUGAAGACCACCCUGUCCUCCGGGAUCUUGAGGUGCCAGGCUACCGGCAGGAGCGUGUGGAGAAAGGGCUGAAGCUCUUUGCCCAGCUCAUCAACAACAAGGUGUUCCUGCUGUCCUUCAUCCGCACGCUGGAGUCCCAGCGCAGCUUCUCCAUGCGGGACCGCGGCAACGUGGCCUCGCUCAUCAUGACGGUGCUGCAGAGCAAGCUGGAGUACGCCACCGACGUGCUCAAGCAGCUGCUGGCUGACCUCAUCGACAAGAACCUGGAGAGCAAGAACCACCCCAAGCUGCUGCUUAGAAGGACGGAAUCAGUGGCUGAGAAGAUGUUGACCAAUUGGUUCACUUUCCUGCUCUACAAGUUCCUCAAGGAGUGUGCUGGGGAGCCCCUCUUCUCCCUGUUCUGUGCCAUCAAGCAACAGAUGGAGAAGGGGCCCAUUGACGCCAUCACAGGGGAGGCUCGCUACUCCCUGAGCGAGGACAAGCUCAUCCGCCAGCAGAUCGACUACAAGACCCUGGUCCUGAGCUGUGUCAACCCAGACAAUGCCAACAGCCCGGAGGUCCCAGUGAAGAUUCUCAACUGCGACACCAUCACGCAGGUCAAGGAGAAGAUUCUGGAUGCCAUCUUCAAGAAUGUGCCCUGUUCCCACCGGCCCAAGGCUGCAGAUAUGGACCUGGAGUGGCGACAAGGCAGCGGGGCGAGGAUGAUCCUGCAGGACGAAGACAUCACCACCAAGAUCGAGAAUGACUGGAAGAGACUGAACACGCUGGCCCAUUACCAGGUGCCGGAUGGUUCCGUGGUGGCUUUAGUGUCCAAGCAGGUGACAGCUUACAAUGCAGUGAACAACUCCACUGUCUCCAGGACCUCAGCGAGUAAAUAUGAGAACAUGAUCCGGUACACGGGCAGCCCCGACAGCCUCCGCUCACGCACGCCCAUGAUCACCCCCGACCUGGAGAGCGGAGUCAAGAUGUGGCACCUGGUGAAGAACCACGAGCACGGGGACCAGAAGGAGGGGGACCGGGGGAGCAAGAUGGUGUCUGAAAUCUACCUGACACGACUCCUGGCCACUAAGGGCACGCUGCAGAAGUUCGUGGAUGACCUGUUUGAGACCAUCUUCAGCACGGCGCACCGCGGCUCGGCCCUGCCGCUGGCCAUCAAGUACAUGUUCGACUUCCUGGACGAGCAGGCCGACAAGCACGGCAUCCACGACCCCCACGUGCGCCACACCUGGAAGAGCAACUGUUUGCCUACCCUAAGGUUUUGGGUCAACAUGAUCAAGAAUCCCCAGUUCGUGUUUGAUAUCCACAAGAACAGCAUCACGGACGCCUGCCUGUCAGUGGUGGCUCAGACCUUCAUGGACUCCUGCUCCACGUCGGAGCACCGACUGGGCAAGGAUUCACCCUCCAACAAGCUGCUGUAUGCCAAGGACAUCCCCAGCUACAAGAACUGGGUGGAGAGGUAUUACUCAGACAUCGGGAAGAUGCCGGCCAUCAGCGACCAGGACAUGAACGCCUACCUGGCCGAGCAGUCCCGGAUGCACAUGAACGAGUUCAACACCAUGAGUGCUCUCUCGGAGAUCUUCUCCUACGUCGGCAAGUACAGCGAGGAGAUCCUUGGACCUCUGGACCAUGAUGACCAGUGCGGGAAGCAGAAACUGGCCUACAAACUAGAACAAGUCAUAACCCUCAUGAGCUUAGACAGCUGAGACCCGUCCUUCCAGGGCCACCCUGGAGGGAGGGACACACCAAGCCGUGCCUCAGUCUAGAUUAUCAUCUUUACCAAGUGCAAGUUCCGACUGGCGUCAGCAGCACCCCCUGAGCAGCGCUGUCUCUCUUUCUUUCUCUCUCUGCCUCUUUCUGUCUCUCCCUCCUGCCUGGAUACCUUCUCUUUCAGUUGCUCAGCCAACAUGAUUGAACCAAGCCACCGACCCUCAGUUCAUCCAGGAUGGGCCCAUGGCGGGCACCUGGCCCUAAGGUACCCAACAGGGGGCUCGCUUUCCCAGCCGAUCCUUUGCGUCAGCAGCAGGGCCCGACCAGGGACAAGGAGCCUUGGACAGAGGACAUUGCUGUGCUGCUGCUUCACCUGCCACUUCUUGAGAGCACCCCAUUUGUCUGAUCCUUGGUCUGGGGAAGAAGCAUUGAGCUCAGUAUUCUCUUCAGUGGGAAGACAUCACCUGGCUCUCUUUUCCCACAUUCCCAUCUCCAGGAGUUCAGUCAGUGGUCUGCUCUCUUUGCAACUACGAGAAGAAAGGCCAACCCUGCCUGUGGCUGGAGUAGGGCAGGUGUGAGGAGUUGGAAGGAGCCCUGUGCACUCACUGCCUCUCACUUGUUGAGUUGGCUCCCAGAGGCCUCUCCCUCCUUUCAAGUCUUCUAGGAUCCUUCCUAGUGCCUCGAGGGACCUGCCUGCCUGGGCCCCUCCCCUGCCUAUGGAAAGCCAGACAGGAGAACGAAUAGCAGUUUCUUUCCACCAUGGAGACGCUCUAACCUCUUAAUCUGGCUCACGGUGGCAGAAAUGUAACAUGGAAGGGGAGCCAAGGAAAGAGAGUUGCAUCUACUCUGAAAGCAGACUUUGUGGUUUUCCAUUCACCCCCAAAUGCAGAAGAAUCACGACCGUGCUCACAGGUCUAAUCCAUUGCCAGGUUCCCGCGUGCGGUCUAGAGCACCUCCAUCCUCCUUGGCCAUCGCUCAUCCAGGGUCAAUGUAAAAUUCAGAGUGCAUCCAGGAGAUUCUACCUCCAGCCGUCUCCAUGGCUCCACCCCCACAACCCUUCCUGAGGACUCCACAGAGGUUGGGGCAGACAGCCUCGCCCUGCCCCCCUGCAGAAUCUGGUGCCAUUGCUGUGCAGAUGACUUUGUCACUGGACUGUCCAGAACCCUUUGGGAAUUACUUCAUCAACAUCUCAGCGCUAUCUUUAGUCACUCCCUUCAUCUCUCAGUGGGCAUCAUUAAGGGAUCCACAUAGCACAAGGCCCGUAGAGACUAAUGAAGAUGCCAGCCACACUCAGCUCCCAGCUCUCCACAUCUGGGAGGGACCAGAGCAUCACACUGAAGGACCUGGCUGGAAAUGGGAGAAGGGACAUACAACAGACCUGGGCCCUGGCAUCUGCCUCUCCAUCCGUCCUUCCAUCUGUGGACACACCACUUUAGCUAGUCAGGCAGAUGUGUGCUCGCUAGGUGAGGGCUAGGUGAGCUGGGGCUAUGGGGAGAGAUGGUCUAAUGCAUGGUCACGGAAGCCUGUCACUUCCAAGGGACUUUAGACACAUCCGGUCCAGUCUCCCAUAGAAGCAAGAGUCUGUCCUGGCAGUGCUGGUAUCCAGUUUUCUGCCACCCUGGGAGACAAGGCAGAGCACCGUCUAAGGUGGGGCUGAGGAUGAGGCUUCCACAGUCUGGCCCUCACUCCCCCAGACUCUGACAUCAUCCCCUGCCAUCCGCUGAAAACGAAGCCCCACGUGGGAGGGGACGGAACCGCACUGUUGCCAGCAAAGUCUAUGGAGCAUCCUGUUCUCUCCAGAACGUUGACCUCUGUGGAGGGGAACACGUAUGCGUGUCCGUGAGCUCGUAUGUGCACCUGUAUGUGUGAGCAUGUAUGUGUGUCUGCCCCGGGAGGAGGCAGAGUGCUCAGAACGAUUUCUUGUCCUAGGUAGGAGUAUUUGGGAGUGUUUCCCUUCUCUUGCUUAUCAUUCAUUCUGCAGCUUCAGGGCAUUUCAAUGCUUGCUUUCUAUGCUGAUUGCUGGGGGUUGGGGGGGUGCAAGGAGAGGUCAGCUCGCCUAGGAAACCAGGGUGGUCACUGGCCCAGGCCUGGACUUGACUGGAGGCCGAGCAGCGGUGACCCGCAGGGCAUCGCGGGGCAUCAAGGUGGACAAAGAGUGGACAGAACCCCAAGUUACCUACCCAAGGGAAAGUGGGGGAUGGCAAAGAUGCGUGUCAAGGGGGAAAAUAACCAAAAGUUUUGGCGAGUGAAGUCCAAGGAGAAGGAGCAGGAGUUUCUAACCUUGAUUGUUUUCUUCGUCCCAAGAAGCCGGGGGCCUGGCAGCCAGGAAGGACGCACGGGGAGGCAGCCGAGGAAGCACUGCCUUGUUCACGAAAAUAUUUUUGCACAUGUGAGGGUCAGGGAGGAGAGAGACACAGACAUAUUUAACACAGAUUUGCUGAAUGGAAGCUGCGUGUGUGUGUGUGAGUGAGUGUGUUUCGAUUUAUUUUUUAAGUUUUGCACAGUUAGAAAAAAAUGAACAAGCAGAAGAAAAAGACUGUCCUCCUGGGUCUGCGGAAGCGUUUAUUUUUUACCAGAUUAUUAUUAUUGUUAUUGUUCCUUUGUCGGUACAGAACAUUUUCCCCCCAUGUUUUUUUUUUUUUUUUCAGAAGAGCCCCUGCAGACACCUCAGAGAAACGUCAGGAAGGAGAGGCGGGCACGCACGGCCCUCGCCCUUGCCCCUCUGGGGAAGAUUUCAUUGUCUCGGCCGGGGUGGGGCUGCUGGUGCCUUGGCUGCCCACACCUCGGCCUUCUUGGAGGUGGCGAAAUGGAACAGGGCAGGGGGAAGCACAGCCCGUCUCGCCCGUAACUAUUCUCGUCCCUUUCGAUGUCUGUUUUCUGUUUCUUCCGUUUGGCUUCUCAGUGCACGUGUGAUAUGUUUCAGAGUAAAGAUAAGGCAGCACGGUCAAAAAUGCUGUCUAUUCCCCCCCAGAUCUUCUUUCCAAACCUUUCCUCGGGAUCCCCCAUCUGCUCCUGGCAGAUCGGACACUCUGAGAGCUGCCUGAGUGGCUCGUAGGCCAGUCCCGGCCAGAGGAGGGACGCGCGCAGCCUGGUCCUGGGGCGGGAGGCGCUGCUCUCCGUCACGGCUCACGUGCGGGGUCACCGUUUGUUUAAGGUGGGACCUUUAUCUGCAUCCUUGAAUCCUGGGCCCGGAGCACGGAGAUGUGGCCAUCCCCGCCCACCCCCUCCUCCCCUGGGACCACCAGGCCACAAAGCGGCCACGAGUCUUGUGUUCCAAAGGGCCGCUGCAUUUGGUGAGCUUCGAAUGUCAGAGGGAGGUGGCCUGAAAGGGGGUGGGGGGUGGGGAGCUUUAUGGGGUCCUGAACUUGAUAGGUAGACAGAAGCUGAGAAGAUAGCUGCAGGUUGGGCACUUCUCUCGAGGACACGAGUCUCCCCAGAGGAGGGCUUUGUCAUUCUCUGUCCCUUAUACAGAGAGCCUGGCAUUUCUUGGUACCUGCAAAUGGUGUUGUUAAGUGAAGUUGGGGCUAUUGGGUCAGUUACUUCCUCAGGAAAAUACUUCUUGCCUUCUUCCCUCAGUGAGGUUUUAAAUUUGGGGACGAGAUAACCUGAGUGUCCCACCCACCAAGGUACGUUCACACCCUAAGAGACAGACGCCUUGACCCUCCCCCAAGUGAACCUGCAGGCCACUGAGUGGGGCCCACGACCCUUGAGCAAGGCUGUGACCAGACACAGAAGUCAUUUUUAAUCAAUCCAGUGUUUGAGGUCAUCUGUGCAGGAAGCAAGAAGUGGAAAGAGCCCUUUAGGUGAGGUCUUCGGCCCCGCUCUCACCCCCUAGUUCAGGUUGAUGUGGACUCUCCGGUACCCCAGGUCCCUGUGCUCAUGUCCCCUUUGCACGUCUGGCGUCUGAGUGUCCCCUCCUUGCCCCUCUUGCCCACCUCCUGCACACAUAGCCUCUGCACCCAGGCCUUGUCCCUUGUAGGGUAUAGGAGUUGCCUGGCCCCUCUGUGGGCAGCUGGGGCCUCACGUUCUCCCAGCGCUGCCUCCCUCAGUCGUGGGGCUCCUUGUCCAGCCAGGGCCCUGUGGAUCCCCCCUCCAAGGAGCCACAGCAAUUAGUUGUCCAAAUGACCCCCAAUCCAAGAGGCAAGUCCUGCUGAUGUUUCCAGAAGCCUAAAUGGUGCUGGGCAGAGGUACCACUGUGAGGCACCACUCACUUGGACCUAAAGGGAAAGUCCUAUUUUCCAUCUGUCUCCUUUCUCAGGAAUAAAGGGACACUUCUUUUGUCUUCAGAGGCUGCAAGUCAAAGACUUAGCCAAGGGAAAGCUGAGGUUAAUUAUCAUUAAUGAGAAGCAAACGUUGCCACCUCACAGAGAGCCUAGGAGGCGGGAAAGUGCAGGAGCUGUCCUGCAGGCAGAAGGCCUGGCCCAUAGCCCUUCCUUCUUGGGCCAGGCCCCUCCCUUCCAGGAUUGGGCCACCCCAAUGGUCAUCUCAGACCAAGUCCGAAAGUUUUCUGAGAGGCAGUUCUGUGAACGAACAGUCUCCAGGUACCACAAGCCCCUGGUGCAGACUCCACACCGGGCAGACCCUACAUCCUUCCUGGCUUCCCUCUUGUUCCCAGUCCAUGGAAGGCCUCUCAGCUCCCCACUCUUGUGGUCAGCUCUCAGGACAAGGCACUGAGGCCCCUGGUCCCUCAGCUCCUCUUAUUAAAAGAAAAAGCAGAGGAUAUGUCAUUGUUCCUUUUCUGUUGGUGCAUUUAGGCAGCCCAAGAUUAAGGAAAGAGUCUGGGUGUGGAUAUGAAGUCCAAAUUACUGGGAAGAAAAGCAAAAACCCUUUAUCUGUUAUUUCCAAGGCAGUGGGGAGAGACUCAAGGCCGGGGUGAGGCCUCCCUCAUUAUUAAAAAAUGGGUCAGGACCCCCCCAGGUGUAGAGGGCCAGGGGAAGCAUCCUCGUGGCUGCUGUGUUCCUGAUGCUACCCCUGGAGCCCGAGACCCUGCCCCUCCUCUUGCCCUCCUGCCACCUCCCCACCCAUGGGUGUAGCAAAUGAGAGCUGAAGUCCCACUGCAGGUGACACUGAAGAGGCAGCUCCGAGAGACCCCAGGACUCCACAAGGCUCUUGGUGCUCUGAGGGUGGCAAAACCCCUCCCAGAAACAAUGCCAGCCCCCCCAACCCAGAAGGAAUCCACAAUAAAAGUUUCAGACAUUCAAAGAGAUCUUUUUUAAAAAAAGUCAAAUUUUUGCUCCCCAAUAAAAUGGUUUUUUCUAUUAGGUGGAGUACCCAACUUCAUAAAAUAUAUAGGAUUUUAGGAUUAUAAAAGUAAUACUCAUUAGAGUUCCAAUUAAAUUCUUUUUCCAGUUCAAUUCUUUGAGUAGACUGGUGACAACCCAAAUCAAAGCUAAGUGAAACAGAACAAAAUGCCUAAUGGAUAAAAAGACUUUCUAUUUGUAUUGGCAGAGAUAGUGAGGUGGGCCAGCGGCCAGGUACCCACCUUCGCUCUGUUCGGUCUUGGUCUCGGGGCUGCCCCUGGUGCUGCUGGGUCCUGCAAGUUCCUCUCCAGCUUCCCUGCAAAUACAGGGACACCCUGUUAGGGAUGGGUCAUGCAGGGACCCACGUACCCUCCCCCAAGAACACGCAUGCUCAUGGAAACUGACUCAGUCUAUGCAGCUCAUUUCCACCCGUUUCUAUACCUGGAGUUAGAACUUCUUUUGUUCAUAACAUUGAUUUGCAAUUCCAGCACAUUCUGGAAGGGCUCCCUUGUAAGAGCAGAACUCAAAACAGAGGAUACAGUUAAAGAGCAAAGCAAAGGACACUCAGAAACUGAGACCACAACCCAGCAGACUAGAGAACACAGUUCAGGCACCAAAUCAGAUGGGACAGGGGACCCCAUGUUUCCUCCCUCGCCCUUCCCUGAUGUUCCCGUCAGCUCGUCGGCUCGUCAAACCUUCCGUUCUUUAAAAAGAAAAGCUAGUUUACCUCAAAGAAUCUUGUUUCCAUUUGGAAACCAACGACUUUGUGUUUUAGAGUGCAUGACCCUCCCCCUCUAUCACUCCCUGCCUGGGCCUGGGGUCCUUGGGGUCUGAGGCCCUGCACGCUGUGCUGGCUGCAUUGACCAAGAAUGAGGCUCCCCGGCCUGAGAUGGGAAGGAAGGAUUGGAUGCUGCUGCCCUCCUCCCCAUGUUCGCUUUGUAGGGACCAGCCUAUCUCUUCCAGCAAGGUCCUGCCAAGUUACUAUAGCAACCAGCAACUCCAGAGUACAAUAGACAAUGGCUCAGUGAGCCAGGUGUGGGGGGAGAGGGGUCUGGCCUGGUCAGAUGACCCGGAGUUAAGAGAGACAGGAAUGGAUGAAUGGCCUUGAAGGAGGUGGAGCGUUCCUGGUCCUCCCUCCUUCCAACCCUGCCGCCCCAUUUCUGUUUCCAUAAAGCUCCCACCUUGAACACUGACCCUUGGUGAAAACAACGCAAACCACAUCUGUAGACAACAGUGUUAUACUGAGCCUCAAAGACAGGUGGAUGAAAUCUAUUAGAGGAAGAGGUGUCUUCUGGUUUUGACUCCUAAAGAAGAGUAUCCUAGUCAGAUGAAAAUCAGAUUUAAAAAAAAAAGUUUUUAAAAAAGAAACCCAUGCUAUUUAAAUUGGAGCCCAGUUGUAACUUGGUAAAGGCAAGCUUCUGUACCUUUGUUAUAAUUAAUUGUAUACCUGUGUAUGUAAAUAUAAGGCAUUCCUAUUUUGCAGUUCAGAACAAAAAAAAAACCUAUUUGUAAUAUAGAAUAAAGUUUAUUAAAAAAUAAUAAAAAUGCAG